CGCCGCGGCGGGCGAUGAGGAUGGAGGCCGGGGAGGCAGCGCCGCCGGCGGGGGCGGGCGGGCGCGCGGCGGGCGGCUGGGGCAAGUGGGUGCGGCUCAACGUGGGGGGCACGGUGUUCCUGACCACACGACAAACCCUGUGCCGGGAGCAGAAGUCCUUUCUCAGCCGCCUGUGUCAGGGCGAGGAGCUGCAGUCGGAUCGGGAUGAAACCGGGGCCUACCUCAUUGACCGUGACCCCACCUACUUCGGGCCCAUCCUGAACUUCCUCCGGCAUGGCAAGCUGGUGCUGGACAAGGACAUGGCUGAGGAGGGGGUCCUGGAAGAAGCCGAAUUCUACAACAUUGGCCCCCUGAUCCGCAUCAUCAAAGACCGAAUGGAGGAGAAGGACUACACUGUCACACAGGUGCCGCCCAAGCAUGUGUACCGCGUGCUGCAGUGCCAGGAGGAGGAGCUCACGCAGAUGGUCUCCACCAUGUCCGACGGCUGGCGCUUCGAGCAGCUGGUGACCAUCGGCUCCUCCUACAACUACGGCAGUGAGGACCAGGCAGAGUUCCUGUGCGUGGUGUCUAAGGAACUUUACAGCCCCCCACAUGGGCUGAGCUCUGAAUCCAGCCGCCAAACCAAGAGCGAGGAGGAGCCGCUGGAGGAGGAGGAGGAGGAACAGCAGGAGGAGGAGGAGGUGGAGGUGGAGGUGGAACAGGAACAGGUGCAGGUGGAGGCAGAUACGCAGGAGAAAGGUUCCCGUCUGCACCCUCUCAGACCUGAGGCUGAGCUUGCAGUGAGGGCUUCUGCUCGGCCCCUCGCCCGCCCCCAGAGCCGCCGUCCCUGCUGUUACAAGCCAGAGGUACCCGGAUGUGAGACCUCAGAUCACCUCCAGGGAAUUGGGGUUCCCAUCUGAAACCCUUUGUUUUUGUACCAUGGGGUGGGCCCCUGGCCUGAGGCGGGGGAAGCAUCCUCCCCUCUGCCAUUUCUGUCUGCACCUGUGGGGGUCUG